CUCUCUAUAUAAAGCCUAUUGAGAAUGAAGUAGAAGAAGGGUGAAGUUUAUGAUAGGUAUGGAGAAGAUUAUGAUUGUGGUUGUGGUGUUGGCGAUUGUGAUGAUCGGGUCAGGGCCCAUGUUGGCAAUGGGCCAACUCUCGUUUUGUCAUAUGCCCAAAGAUGGAUUGAAGGCAUGCUUGCCGAGUGUGAGUGGGGACAAUCCUGUUGACCCUUCCACUGCUUGUUGCUCAGCAAUUGCCAAGGCUGAUCUUCAAUGUUUCUGUCGCUACAAGGAUUCAGGAUUGCUCUCUUUCUAUGGUGUUGAUCCCAACAAAGCCAUGGAACUCCCUGUCAAGUGCAAGGUUGUGGACUCUUUCCACUGCUAGACUCUUGUGUCACAAGGCUUUUGUUGCAAGUGGUGUUGUUGUAAACUUGUAAUGAUGUCAUUUGUUUGUUUCUCUACUUGUUUAGUUUGGCUGUACGUACAUCUUAUGUUUGGUUUAUUUGUUGCCAAUGUUCUUGUCGAUUUCCUUUUGUUUGAAGCUCUUCACUUUAAUGGAAACAAAAUAACUUGAACCAGAUCCUUGUAAUUUGUAUUA